CUGACUGAUGCUCUGAUGCUCAGGCAUCCUUAAGGCAUCACUAUGACCACCAUGGAGACCGAGAGAGAGAGUGAGAGAGAGAAAUAGAGAGAGAUGGGAAAAGGAAGAAGGGAUGUUGUUGCUGCAGGAUUUAAUGAACACAAUCACCGUAAGGUAAAGAGGGGAGGGGCAGUGAUACCUCAGGAUCUCACCAACAGCCUCACUUUAAUCUCAACCAGAAAGAGAGAGCAGCAGACAGAGAGAGAGAGAGAGAGAGAGAGAGAGAGAGAGAGAGAGAGAGAGAGAGAGAGAACAGAGUAGAGAGAGAAGGAGGAGUCAGUGAGUCAGUCAGUCAGUAAGACAAAGCUGUUGUGGUUUUGACUGCUGUUACUGAGCCAGUGCAGGUGUUGAACAAAAAAAUUGGAUAAAGACUAAGAGAAAAGGGAAUAGGAGAAAAAAGAGAGAGAAAAGGGGAGUCAUGUAAUCUGCCUGGCAUGCGACCGUGUCCCUGGCUUACGUGUAAGUGUGUGCAAAUGAACGGGGCAUUUUGGUCUGGAAUGUAUCUCAGCUAACCUCAGGGGACCUCCGAGAACAUAUACCUCACCAUGCUGGGAAAGGAUUACAUGCUCGCCAUCAUCAUAGUCAAUUACGAAGAUGACAUCUGGAAUGAUCAGAACCUGACGCUGGAUUCAGACCUCCCUCCAGGAUGGCGUACUAUACGGGACAGCACCGGUACCUACUACUGGCAUGUCCCUUCAGGCACCACACAGUGGCAGCACCCUUCAUACAGCACAGAGGACGAACCGAGCGUCACUAACGGACUCCCAGCUAACCCGCUCAAGAGUGCGGGAGCAGAUGGGAGGUGUGAGUCUAGACGGAGGCUAACAGAAAGCCCCAUGCGUUCCCUCAGUGAUGGAGCAUCCUGGCAGGAAGAAUACUUCUGUGCAAACAUGGACCCAGACUCUAAGUGUUUUGCGGUACGCUCGUUGGGAUGGGUGGAGAUCCCAGAAGAGGAACUGGCUCCAGGAAAGAGCAGCCUGGCAGUCAAUAACUGCAUCCAGCAGCUCUCUCACAGCAAAGCUGAGGGCCGUGACGCAGUCGGAGCUUGGGGAGAGGGUCAGGACAUGAUGAUGGUGCUCAAAAAGGAUACUCUAAGCCUCCUGGAUCCCAUAGACCGCAGUCUUAUCCACUGCCAACCCAUCGUCAGCAUUCGAGUGUGGGGGGUAGGCUGCAACAACGGCAGAGACAGGGACUUUGCCUUUGUGGCCAGUGAUAAGGAUACGUGCAUGCUGAAGUGCCACGUGUUCCGCUGCAACGCACCAGCUAAGACUAUAGCCUCUGCCCUGCAUGAGAUGUGUUCCAAGAUCAUGGCAGAGAAAGCAGCGAUGCCUCCAUCCGUGCCACGAUCGCUUACAAUGGAGAGCAUUUCUCCUGAGGAUCUGCCUCACCAAGUCAACUUUUUAGAUGCAGUCAGGCAGAGGGUUCAGAGAUUUGAGGCUGAGUACGUCGGAAACCUUCCCGUCUCCAGAGCAAUGGGGAUGGAAGUGCUGAACAGGGCUAUAGAGAGCAUCAUGCACUCCAGAGACAGAGACGAAUGGGAACCGAUUGUCAUUCACGUGUCAGACAAGGUGCUGUCGCUAUGGAGGGGAGAGGAUGGCAAAGACCCUUUUUGGGAAUCCCAGGUACGCUAUCUGACCUUCCUCGGAGUCGGUCAUGACACGCAUACCUUUGCAGUGAUAGUAGAUGCCGGCACUCAGCGCUUUGAGUGUCACGUAUUCUGGUGUGAACCUGACGCUGGGAUCGUAUCCGAGGCAGUCCAGGCAGCAUGUAUGGUCCAGUACCAGAAGUGCUUGGUUUCCCAGACACCACCUUUGAGGUCUAAAAUGUGGCGAGCCGGCUCCAAAGUCAAACGCGCCAACUCCAUGGAUGGCUCCAGCUUUCCUCCAUGCCAGCAUGGAUACACACAACCCAAAAUGGCUUCAUCUAGCAUAAAGAAAGGCAUGCUGGCUUUUUUCGAGACAUUCCGAAAUAAACCUCCUGUGGUUCCUGCACCAUAGCAACAGAGAUUGGGAGAGAGCUUGGGGAGAAAGUGUUGGGCUUGGGCGGAGGCAGGCUGAAGGAUGUAAAGGAUGAGGAAAGAGAUGAGCGUGAAAGAGCAAAUAAAAUACUUAUUAUUCCCCAGACAACCUUAAAAAACAUGGCAAAGGAAAACCACCUACACGGCAAGUACCUUUAGUUGCUUAAACAGUACAUAUCUGACUACAACAGGUUAACAACUGUUAAAUAAGAAUCCUGAGGUGCUGUGCUCUCACAUUCCACUCUUGUACUGAGGAGCAAAUAUAGAAAUACACCGAUAUACAGUAAGAGUUUUCCUAUUAAUAAAUUAGGACAGAGAUCACCUUGACAAACCAUAAUCUAUUAUGUCUGAUGUUACAGUAGGUCAGUGUAGGUGAACUGGAAACUGGAGAAGCGGAGAAUGUAGAAAUGUAUCCCAGUGUCAAAAUAUUCUAGAUCUUUCUCCAGGGAGGUUCAGGAUAAUGUGCAAUAAAGUGUCUCAGCAUGUGACUUUUUCUUGAUAUGUAUUGAUGUAUAGGAUAGUGACCUAAUUCUGGUACGACAAGUUUUUAGAGGUUAGACAUGUUCUAUUUAGGCCACCUGUGUUCAAAUAGAAGAAAGGUUCACUUUCACCCAUCAUCCCGGUUUAAUAACAAAAAUAAUCAAUGGAAAUGUUCUGACACGCAGAUGACUACAGGAGCAAGUCAGAGAGAGAACAUAUCUGGAUAUACUUUAGACAUGAGCACACAUUUGAUGUAUUCCGUUCGAAUUAGAAAUACACCAAGAUUAAAUCUGGUUUUCGAAACUGAAAGAGAGGAAGAAAGAUCUUCGUAAAUCCCAAAAGCCAAAGAAUACAGAAUACAUUGGCUAUGUUCUGUGAUCCUGGAAGCUUGGUAGCACAGUUGCAUGCAUUUGCUAAUGCUUGGGAAUGAAAGGCUUUGCUACAGGCACAUUUAUAUUGGGGAAAAAAAAGUUUGGCCAAAUCUUGAGUAUGUAAAAAUAAUUGAUUGUAUUUGAUGCAAAUAAAAAACAACAACAACAACAACAACAACAACAACAACACAUGAAUAUAACCAGGGACAAAGUGCAUCUGUGAUAGAACUCUAACCUUAUUACAACACAAAAAACAGUAAAUAAAGAAGAAUUUUUUUUGUUUACCGUCAAAAAAACUGAAUGCAGAACAAUAAGCUUUUGAAACCUUACAGCGCAUGUAGAUUGGCCAUUGGAAUGGCAUUAUGAGAAAGUCCUAUGACGCUGCAACAAAGAUAUGCAACCGCUCCUUUCCCUUAAGCAUGUAUUAUAACGCCAAAACACUCAGGUUUCCUUAAGACACCAGUGGAAUCAUGGGUAGGAAUGGAAUACACUUUCAGCAUAGCCUUUCUUCACUGAAACGAGCAUUUGUCAAAGAUACGGUCAUAAUACUAUUCAUGUAGCACCGUUCUUAUUUUCUGCUCUUUAUACUCUGUAAAGAAAUCUUCUUUGUAUAUACUUGCAGUUUGUUAGCACAGAAAUAGGAUGUCAUGUAAAAUGAGUUUUUUUUUCUUUUUUAAUUGUUAUUUAUAUUAAGUUGAUACUGUAGUAUUGUUGCAUUAUGUAUUGAAACUGAGUCCACUUGUGGUUUUGAAUGGGACAAUAAAACUGCU